GUUUGGUUUAAGCUGGCUAACAGUUGAAAUGGAUGCGUGGUAUGGCAUACACACUCGUGAUCUGGUGCGGUUGAGUGAGCCAGUGCCAUCAGCUUGAUGUGCCCAGUAAAACUAAAGAGGUCAGCACCAGUGACAAAGACUUACAGAACUGUUUAUUUUGGGGAUUUAUUUUCCUCCACACGUCUAUAGUCGAUUGUUCAUGGAUAUAUUAGUGUGUAGUACGUUCACAUAUCAUUGUGUUCUUAAACUUUCUAACAAACGUUCACUUCUUCAAAAUAAAACAUGCUUCACUGUCAGACAAGAACCCCAGGAAUUUUAACUAGUCACCAGGAUAUUGAAGAUAAGCAAUACGAAAGGACGCAAUUACAAAACAUGGAUACCAGCGCAUGGAUCAAAAAGGUCAAAUCUGCGAAAGCGACUGUCAUUAUUGAGGAUGGUUUACAAAUGGUUGAGGAAUAUGAUUUAUCUACUCAUAACCUACUGGGUAAGAAAUUUAGAAGCAAAACCGUACUUGGCGGGGACGGACAAUGGGAAUACGAAGUUGGAGAACCACUUAGGAGGGAAAACCAGUUUUCAGAGCAUCUAAUGGAGUCACCACAAGCUCCACUGUUUAUUCGUAGCGAUGUCCCACGUGCAUUCCAGUGGCGUAUCCGUAACUUACCUUACCCAUUAGAUGUGUACAGAAUUUCCGUUGAAGAUGGGAAUAUUUUAUUGCGGACCACCAACAAAAAAUAUUACAAAAAGUUCAACAUUCCGGAUAUGACCCGGAUGGGUUUACCCUUAAAUGAAAAGUCCAUAUCACUGACCCAUGCUAACAAUACUCUCCUGAUUUCGUACAAAAAGCCAGAUGAAAUCUUAGAAAACGAAAAACUAGUCCGACAAUACGUAAGUACACUAAAGCCAGUAGAGCAACAAGAAGACUGCAAAACAUCCUGA